AAAAACUAGAAGCCCUGCGACACGGAAACAAACUAACGCAACAUGCAUGAAGAUUGAAACAGACUUGCAUCGUAGUUGCAGGACAAGCCGCAGCUUCUGAGCGGGGUAGAUGCAGGGAGGGAGGGAGUAAAAAGUCUUUGUGCUUCCCCUCCCCCUCGUCAAAGCAAAGGGGGAAAUGUCUCUUUCUAAAGGAGGAAAGAAGAAGAACCCAGGCCUCAAGCUCUCCAAAGAGGUCUUUGAUCAGCCCCCACCUGCAGCCGCAGCCCCCCCUCGAGAUCUGGAUUCCAAAGCCUGUGUUACCAUUGGAGAAAAGAACUUUGUUGUGAAGGCAGAUGACUUAGAGCAGAUUGGGGAGCUGGGUAGAGGAGCGUAUGGCGUGGUGGACAAGAUGAGACAUGUGCCCAGUGGGCUUAUCAUGGCCGUCAAGAGGAUCCGGGCCACAGUGAACACCCUGGAGCAGAAGAGACUGCUGAUGGACCUGGACAUCUCCAUGAGGACCGUGGACUGCUUCUUCACGGUCACCUUCUACGGCGCUCUCUUCAGAGAGGGUGACGUGUGGAUCUGCAUGGAGCUGAUGGACACGUCUCUGGAUAAGUUCUACAAGCAGGUGAUCGAUAAAGGCAUGACCAUCCCUGAAGACAUCCUGGGGAAGAUCACUGUAGCGAUCGUCAAGGCUUUGGAGCAUCUGCAUAACAAACUGUCAGUGAUACACCGAGAUGUGAAGCCGUCCAACGUGCUGAUCAACACACAGGGCCAGGUGAAGAUGUGUGACUUUGGCAUCAGCGGCCACCUGGUGGACUCUGUGGCCAAGACCAUGGACGCCGGCUGCAAGCCCUACAUGGCGCCAGAACGGAUAAACCCCGACCUCAACCAGAAAGGCUACAGCGUUAAGUCAGACAUCUGGAGUCUAGGAAUCACAAUGAUUGAGCUGGCCAUUCUGAAGUUCCCCUAUGACUCGUGGGGUACACCCUUCCAGCAACUGAAGCAGGUAGUGGAUGAGCCCUCUCCACAGCUGCCCUCGGACCGCUUCUCCCCUGAGUUUGUGGACUUCAGCUCCCAGUGCUUAAGAAAGAAACCCAACGAGAGACCCGCCUACACAGAACUAAUGCAACACCCCUUUUUCACCCUGCAUGACUCCAAAGAGACGGACGUAGCCAGCUUUGUCAAGAUCAUCCUGGCAGACUGACAGGCCCCUCCACCCACCAGGGUAGGAGGUAGGCGGGACUUCUCCACCCACCCACCAAUCCAAGGCCUUUCAGAAAGCUCACUGGAAUUGAUCUGCCACACAACUCCAACUUUCUUUCCCCAAAGACUGACGCCAGCUCACAGAGGCCACGUGGGAAAGCGCUUGUAAUAUGAACUCAAGAUGUUGAUGGUGUCCACCCAAACUGGAGAUGGUCAACUCACCCACGGGUCCAACAAACCUUUCCCUCCCUCUACUCCUACAAACUGAACUGAUUCAAACUCCUCACUGUACCAGUUUUCUGAUUGGACAGUGUCUGUCAGCAGGAAGAAAAUCUCUCUUUACACAUACUGUAUGUCCAUCACUCUGAAUUACACAGAAAGCCAAAAAGAAUUCGGUGAAAUGUGUUCGUCUCUGUAUAAUGAAUUGAAAAGAUAUAUAUUUUUCAUUUAUGCGUUUUUGUUUUUCCUGAUACAGUUUGUAAUACUGUAUAUUUUCAUCAAAUAUGAAUUUAAGGGUGUGUCUUUACUCUUUCUGAAUGGUAUCAUGAGGGGAAGAGGUGACCUACAUUUCUCGUCUCGACUUCUUGUGAUUGGUCAGUAAUGGGACGGCAGCUGCUGUCGUCGGGCAGGGUUUUGGGAGGCUCUGGAGGGGUCAGACUCAGUAAGUUUCUUUGUAGAGGGAAGUUCAAAGGUGAAAGCGUGACUGGGGGGCCCUGUACAAAAGGAAUUGCAAGUCCUACCUAGGUCUCUUUGGUGGCAUGGGAAUGCAAGGCAUCUGUUAUCAUCUGACCCUAUAUACAACCCCCUCACCCAUCUGUAUACGCCCCUCUGCCCCGCCCCUUCCUAACCACCCGUAUACGCCCCUCUGCCCCGCCCCUUCCUAACCACCUGUAUACGCCCCUCUGCCCCGCCCCUUCCUAACCACCUGUAUACGCACCUCUGCCCCGCCCCUUCCUAACCACCUGUAUACGCCCCGCGCCUUCCUAACCACCUGUAUACGCCCCUCUGCCCCGCCCCUUCCUAACCACCUGUAUACGCCCCUUCCUAACCA